UUAAAUUUGUGUACGUAGAGGUGUGGUGAGCAGCUUCAGAUUUGGCUGGUUUUAUCAUCUUCAGCUGAGAUAAUUUUAGACGCUUUCACAGCUCUUUCAUUUUACUGUGUUUUGUAUUGAAAUCGGAGUUUCCGCAACAUUGUUCGGGGAGAACUGCCAUCACAGGAGUGAAUCGGCGUGAGCUUUCAGAUUUGCAGUCAAAUAGGUGCCUGGAUACCGCUUCCGUCCUGAGUGUCCAUGGAGGCGCCGCGUGCGGCUCAACAGCAGGAGAACCGGAUGGCGACCAAGGCGAAGCUGGAGCCGAAGCCGGAGGGCUCGGCGGCGCGCGUGCCCCUCUCUCAGUCCAGUGCAAACGUGCCGGCUGGCGCUGGCGCUGGCGCCGCCCAGGAGAAGUCGCGGCCCGCCAAACAGCCUAGGAAAUGGGGCCUAAGCGACUUCGACAUCGGCCGCCCGCUCGGCAAGGGCAAGUUCGGCAACGUUUACCUGGCGCGUGAGAAGGCGUCGCACUUCAUCGUCGCGCUCAAGGUGCUAUUCAAGUCGCAGCUGCAGAAGAGUCACGUGGAGCAUCAGCUGCGCCGCGAGAUCGAGAUCCAGUCGCACCUCAGGCAUCCAAACAUUCUGAAGAUGUUCGGAUACUUUUACGAUGAUACGCGUAUCUACUUGAUCCUGGAGUUCGCUCCAAAGGGAGAGCUGUACAAGGAGCUGCAAUCCCAGAAGAACAAGCGUUUCGACGAGCCCAGGUCCGCCAUUUACAUUUCCCAGAUGGCCGACGCGCUCAAAUACUGCCACUCGAAGAAGGUCAUCCACCGUGACAUCAAGCCCGAAAACCUGCUGCUCGGUUUCAAGGGCGACAUCAAGAUCGCCGACUUCGGCUGGUCCGUCCACGCGCCGUCGUCCAGGCGCGGCACCAUGUGCGGCACGCUGGACUACCUGCCGCCGGAGAUGAUCGAAGGUCGCGAGCACGACGAGAAGGUGGACAUCUGGUCGCUGGGCAUCCUGUGCUACGAGUUCCUGGUGGGGCGGCCGCCGUUCGAGGCCGAGACCAACCCGGAGACGUACCGGCGCAUCACGCGCGUCGACCUGCGCUUCCCCAGCCACGUCAGCGAGCCGGCCCGCAACCUCGUCUGCGGGCUGCUGCAGAAGGACCCGGCCAAGCGGCUGUCACUGGACGCCGUGGCCAACCACCCGUGGAUCCUGGCGCACAUCAAGGGCGCCGCCGCCAAGUCGUCGAGCUGAAGGUCGGGCGUGGCCCGCCGCUCUGCCCAUCUCUUCGCCAGUGGCGUCAUUGGGACGGCGUCCGUCCGAUGGUGGUCGCCGGCAUCCCGGCGACAGUGUUGUCCAGAUCCGCUCAGUGAUAUGUGGCGGCGCUAGGUCGCGCAUUGUGUACAUAAGAUGCCGUUUGUUGAGGAGCAUCGCCGUCUCGGUGCGGGUGCCGCCAGCUGGCUCGCCGAGAGCGGUACCAGUCUUCCUGUCGCUGUCCUCUGUACAAACCCACUCCAUCCUGUCUUUUCGCAUGAUUUUGUGCUGAUAUGUCGACCCAGGUUUUAGUGUCAUGUAAUACACGACGGGGCGGAAUCCGGCCCUUCAGACAUCGAUUUCUCCCUAGCUAUGCGCUUGAACAAGAUGUGGGAAGGGUGUAAGCACUUUGCAUUUGAAUCUUUAUCCGUAAGAAUGCUGAUAAAGUUCGUAUGUUGUGUUGCUAAUAAAUCAUGAAUCCGAUAUCGCA